AACGGAUAUCACGCAAAAUUCAAAUAGUACCUUAUUUACGACGUGUUAUUAAGGUAAUUGGUCUUCUCGGCUCAUCAGGUUAUGCAGAAAAGGCAGAAAAUGUCUAUACGUCCAUCAUAGUCCAUUCCCAGCUCAUUCUCCAACACGUCUCAAGACUUACACUCAUCAUACUCUCUCCACUCCACCAACACAGACACCGAUAAUCUCUCUUAUUAUCUUUCAGAUGAAGCGCCUGGCAUUGAGAAGAGCAACAGUCACCAAUGGCCUCCGGGCGACGAACCCCCGUCCAUGGGGCUUCCACGCAGCGCCACUUACGGCUCAAGCUUCCACCCGCAUGGCACACGACGGCCAGGGGGAAAGCUCCCGGGAUCACCAAGCUACGAAGCAGGGCCAAACUCACCCGCCGAAAGCGGAAUCACAAAGCAAAGGGAAAGGGAAAACCAUGGCAGAGCUGGACGAGGAGCUAAAGGCCAAAUUGGAAGGACUGGCGGGUGAAGGGGGUGCGGCCGGGGUGGAAUACGAGAAUGGGAAAGCUGAAGGGCUCAGAAGGGGUGUCAAGUCGAAUAUGUUUCGAGUGAUUUAGUAUGCGAUGAUGGAAUGGAAGAAUAGGCGAAGUGGCUCUACGUGACUGGGGGAGAUGAUUGCUUCGGUCUCAGGGGUUCAGGGGUUCAGGGGUUCAGGGGCUCGGCUGCCAGACUUGAUUUAAAUGGUACUGGCAAUUCCCACUCCAGUAAAGUUCUCAUUGUAUAGUUUCCUGGGGAAGAAUGGCA